ACUCACUCGGUGUGUUUUUCAAUAAGAGAGGUCCGAGUGGAUGGAGCGAUCAUACUAUACAUAGGUGGGUAUGGGCGUAACUGUCUAUAAACAAGUAUUCAAAUGGGGCGAUUAGUGCAUGGAUUGGAUAAGUAAAUAAAGAAGCAAUAAACUGCAUCAAAUUGGCAGCUGAAGUUUAACUUCUCUGGCCUCUGGGUGCCUCCGAUUCCCAUGGUUCCCACUAAGGCGUGGAACAUCGAACAACAGUGACGCACCAUGAGUUUCCGCGGCAAAGACGUGGGCAAGAUCGCCGGUCUAUACGACCUGGAGCACACCAUCGGCAAGGGCCACUACGCCGUGGUGCGGCUGGCGCGCCACGUGUUCACCGGCGAGCGCGUGGCCGUCAAGGUGAUCGAUAAGACCAAGCUGGACCCGGUGUCGCGCGAGCACCUGUUCCAGGAGGUGCGCUGCAUGAAGCUGGUGCAGCACCCGCACAUCGUGCGACUCUAUGAGGUGAUUGACACGCAGACCAAGCUGUACUUGAUCCUGGAGCUGGCCGACGGCGGAGACAUGUACGACUACAUCAUGAAACACGAGACUGGCCUGAACGAGCGCCUGGGACGCAAGUACUUCCGUCAGAUCGUGCAGGCCAUCUCCUACUGUCACAAACUGCACGUAGUGCACCGCGACCUCAAACCGGAGAACGUCGUCUUCUUCGAGAAACUCGGCGUGGUGAAGCUGACGGACUUUGGCUUCAGCAACAAGUUCCUGCCGGGCCAGAAGCUGGAGACGUCGUGUGGGAGUCUGGCUUAUAGUGCGCCGGAGAUCCUGCUCGGCGACUCGUACGACCCCACCUCAGUCGACGUGUGGUCGCUCGGCGCCGUGCUCUACAUGCUGGUGAGCGGCUACCCGCCGUUCCAAGAGGCCAACGACAGUGAGACGCUGACCAUGAUUAUGGACUGCAAGUACCGGGUGCCUGACACCGUCUCUGAGGGAUGCCGCAGGCUGAUUGGUCGGAUGCUGCAGCGGGACCCGUCUCGGCGCGCCUCCCUGCAGGAGAUCGAGUCGGAUCCGUGGCUGAACGCUGCAGAGCUGGGCGAGCCGCUGACCGCCUACGUGCCGCUCGUCAGCCGGCAGCACCUCAGUGAGGAGGAACACGCGCUCAUCGUGCAGAAAAUCGCCAACGGCGGGCUGGGCUCGCGCGAGGAGAUACUGGACGCUUUGGAUCGGGACGAGUACAACUACAUAACGGCCACGUAUUUCCUGUUGGCUGAGCGCCGGCUGCGGGCCGCCAGGGACCACGCGCACCUCAUCGGCUCGGUGCAGGGCGCCCAGCUGUCGCCACUGGACACAGUGAGCCGUCCAACGGCCACCACGCCGGGCGCCCGGCCGCCGUCGGGCGUCCACUUUCUGUCACCACAGGAGCCGCGACAGGCGGGCGGGACACCGAGACCGCUCAGCAUGCCGCCACAGCCGGCGGGCGCCGAGGGAAGCGAUCCCGGUCGGCCGCGGCCCGCCGGUCCGUCAGACUCCCCGCAAGCGUCUGCCGCCGUCCGGGUGCCGCCCCCUCGGCCGCGCGCCUCCUCCCCGAAACUGCACCUGGCGCUGGAGCCGGGCGCUGCGGCGGCGCGCCCGGUGCCCCCCGCUCCCUACCCGCUCACCUCCAACCUGGGCCUGCACGGCCACACGCCGCAGUCGAGUCUGAGCUCGUCGCCAGGCAGCCCGGGCUCGUGGCUGGUGUCCCCCCACUCGUCCAAUCCGCCGUCUCCGUCUCUGGCGGCCGGGCCGCGGCCCAAGGCGUCCGGCUCGGGCCCGCCGCGCCGGCUGCACGCCGUACGCAGCUCGCCGCAGCUGCUGGAGAUCCAUGAGGACGAGGAAGAGGACGAGGACGAGGAAGAGCUGCCCACGCCGCUGGCCACGCGCACCCUGGCCUCGCCGGCGCUGCUGCGGCGCAUGGAGAGCCGGCGCCGCGGCCGGCCGGCGCGCACCACCUCCUGCUCCUCCUCAGACGCCUCGGACGACGAGGAACGCAAACGGGAGCGUGAGGCCGUCAUCGGUUUUGUCAAAGAGCUGCCGCGACGCGACUCGCACGACGACUCGAGUGACUCGGCCGAGAGCGGCCCCGUGGGCCGGCUGUCGCGCGGUCUGCAGCGCCGCCUGGUCACCCGGCCGGCCGACUCGGGCGGGGGAGGCAGCGGCGGCGGCGGAGGCGCGAGGGACCAGCGCGACGGGCACGGCGGCGGCGGCAGCGGCGGCGGACACGCCAGGAAGUACCGCGCCAAGUCGGCGUCCGGCCGGCUCACUCGCACCGGCGCGUCGCGCGUGCCCAACAGCCGCUCGCUCAACUGCAUCUCGGAGCUGCACGUGCUCGAGUUCGGCGCGCUGUCGCCGUCGCGUGCCGAGCUCUCUGCGGAACCGCUGACGGCCAGCUCAGAGAACAUCUUCACAACGGCGGACAACAUCACCAAUAUCUACGUGCACAGCGGCUCGGCGGGCGGCUCGCCGCCGGCCGGCUCGCACGUCAGCGUGGUGCGCCUGUCGGGCGGCGCGCCGCUGGGCGUCUUCCUGGAGCUGGCCGACCGGCGCGAGGGCCGUCUGCUGCUGGCCGGCGGCGGCGAGCAGCGGCCGCCGCGGGCUGACGGCUCGACCGCCCUCGACAGCGCCCAGUACGUGUGGGCGGCUGGGUGAGCGGCGGCACUGCGGCGCGGCGGCCGUUUUAACCGGUGAGUUUUAGCUGUGUUACGAAUGGGACGUGUAUAUGUUGACUGUGAAUGUUGUGGGAGGGAGGGAGCGCGAGGCCCUGUCCCCUGCCCCCCGUUUUGUAUCCAAUCCGUUACCUGUAUGCGUCUGUGACGCGUGUGACUGACGGUGUGGUUGUUACUGUCGCGCCGGACCCGGGCGCCUGCACCAGGCGUUAGCCGGCCCGAGAGCCUCACGCUCGUCUGACUGUCGGUCGGGCGAAGAGUUACGUGCGCGCCUCUUCCCCUCCCGACUGGGCGCGACCCUCCCCUGCCGGCCGGGCCCACCUCUGUUGACACGGCGUCUGUUUAACGUUCGACGGUGGCCAAUGUUAUACAUAUACGGGCCGCCGCCGCGCCGCGCCCCCUGUGUCGGAUGUUUAGCGGGCGUGUAGACGACGCCCGCCGAGUCGGGACAGGUGUACAGUGUGCGCGCCGCGCCCGCCGCUCUCCGUGUUCGGUGUACCUCCCGCCGUGCGUAUCGCGCUUCCCUGUAGAGGCGUGUGUGUACCGUUCGGUGUACCUGCGGCUCGACUCUGUGUGGUGUACACACAGCGGCUCUCCCCCCCCCCCUCGGUGUACCGUGUGUCGAUGUUACGCCGGUGUUCCGGCGAGGACCACUCAGCUGCAUUUCUCUCGGUGGCCGACCGCCCCGGACUGACCGCUAGGUGCGUACGUUAUUUAUUGUCGGCGGCCCGCUAACAGGCGUUGGCCGGUCGCCGCCCUGCUGCAGUCAUACUUGGAUCUAGUCAAACUGAACUGUUGGCAAUAAUAUAUUCUGCACUAGAG